UGCUAAUCACAAACAUGGCGUCGUAGCGCACCACAUCUAGCUUACGAGGUCGACCUCAAGAUUGUCCCCACGCUAGGGACGAGGCGCCAGAACUGACCGUUUUGCAAGUUGAAAAAAGGAUGGAUAGAGACGCGAAUCCAAUGAGAGAUUCCGACAAUUUUGGCUGGAAUCAGCAGAAGUCUAAUGAUGAGGAGGAGGCUGAAUAUGACGGCGACGUGAGUGAAGAAGACAUCUAUUUACCUGAAGACAUCUAUUAUCCUGAAGACAUCUAUUUACCUGAAGACAUCUAUUAUCCUGAAGACAUCUAUUUACCUGAAGACAUCUAUUAUCCUGAAGACAUCUAUUUACCUGAAGACAUCUAUUAUCCUGAAGACAUCUAUUUACCUGAAGACAUCUAUUAUCCUGAAGACAUCUAUUUACCUGAAGACAUCUAUUAUCCUGAAGACAUCUAUUUACCUGAAGACAUCUAUUAUCCUGAAGACAUCUAUUUACCUGAAAGAGAAUUCGAACGAGCUCAGCAAGACAGAGACCGUUUCUUGGGUAAUAGGGAGCGGUUGAGACAGCCUUUAGAGAGUGCAUGGGAGAGAACAAGAGAGUGGUCCGAUAGUGAUAACGAGACUAAUGAGCGACUUAUAGACCAAUAUGAACAUAAUAGAGUGAGGUCCAGAGAGAGGUCCAGAGAGAGAUCCAGAGAGAGUUCCAGAAAGAGGUCCAGAGAGAGGUCCAGAGAGAGGUCCGCACGCUAUAGAGAUCGUCUUCGCCAAGACAGAGUUGACCCUGGGAUUAUCAGAGAACCAGCAGAACGGAUUUACGAUGUAAUUGAGAGUUCUUCUGAUACAGCUGAACAGGCAUUAGGGCGGUCUUCGUAUGGCAUUUGGGGGGCAUUAGGGCGGUCUCUUCACAGGGUGAGUCGGGCACUGCGUCAGUCUUUAGACGGAAUGGAUCGGACACUAGGACGGUCUUUUAUUCGGAUUGGGCAGUCCAGAUGGACGGUAGGUGAGGAUGUCCAAUGUGUCAGAGAACGAUCUCAAAGUGACAGAUACCAGGCUGAAAUUGCCAGAGCAAGAGCUGAAAGUGUCAGAGCAAGAGCUGAACGUGGCAGAACAAGAGCUGAAAGUGGCAGAGCAAGAGCUGAAAGUGUCAGAGCUGAACGUGAGAGAGAAAGAGCUGAGCGUGGCAGAGAGAGGGCUCAACGUCUCCAGGCCAUGGCUGCACUAGAACCUUAUAUUGAAGAAGCAGUGUUAAUAAUACGAGACGAUGUGGGCUCUUCCACGCAAAUAGAUACUUCAAGGCCCACAAUGCCAGAACCUCCUGGUUUGACAUGGUCAGAACUUGAUGUCCUCCCAACGGCAGUGCACUAUAGGGACAGGAUUCCCGACGGAGAAGCGGCCUCUUCAGAUGUUCGAUGCUCCAUCUGUCUGAAGGAUUUCGAGACGGGUGACCAGAAGCUUAUAUUGCCCCGUGUUCACAAUUUCCAUAUAGAGUGUGGUGACAAAUGGCUCAGGAGUAACGCCACGUGUCCUGUUUGCCGACAUCUAAUCAAGUAGUAAACACCUGGCCAGUACUUGCACUUCUAAUGUUACUAUGAAAGCUCUUGGAACUUUAAAUAGGCUCUAUUAACAGUAUGCUUGUUUUAUUUAACACCAUCCAUCGACCAUCAAGUCAUUAAUAUUAAACGGCCAUGAAUUAAU